AUGGAGAAGGAGGUUCUCACAAGCGGGGCGCGAGUCAACUCGGGGAUUCUUGAGAAGAUCCAGGCUCUUGUGAAAAAUAGCAAGGGAGGAGACUUCAGAUGCGUGAGUGCAUCAAGGGCAUCCAUUGAACCGAAGGAAACACAUAAGGGGAAAGGCAAUGGGAGCUUGGGGUCUGUAGCCAGCCUCAAUAUCUGGAGGGUGAACCAUCGUGUGCUGGUGUUUGGGCAAUGCUGGGACAAUUCCACAGAGAACAUUACCAGGAGAAACAACACCAGAGAGCUUACCGAGUUUCUUAGAAAGAACUACAAGGACAGGUUUAUGCUCUGGUGUCUCAGCGAAAGCCUCAGGGAAUCCCAAGGCGUCCAGAGAAUACCAUUUCUCGACUUCGAUCUUGGGCUUGCAUAUAGAGUGUCAUGUGCCGUAAGAUGCUGGCUGGAGUUCAACCCAAACAACAUAGCUGCAUUUGAGAUAAGGAAUGGUGAUGAGGAUAAGGUGAGAUUUCUGGUGGGAUGCGUUCUAAGGCAUUGCGGAUUUGUAGAUAGAGCCGAGGCGAUGUGGGAAAGAUGCCUUGAAGAUGCCUUUGUGCCAGAGCUGCACAAUGUCAACACAGUCAAGAGAUACAUAAGGUACUUCGACUCAGCAAGUAGCCUGGAAGGAGACAUGAUCCAUGCUGUUGUUUUGAAGCAGCUGAUAGUAACCACCAUUCCUCAUGGAUCCACUGAGGACUUCUUAAUAGGAAUGAAGGUAACGAGAAGAGGGUCGGAGCUGUGCGUGAUCAGGGAGCAGGAUGGCAAUGACAAGGUCUACAGGGAUGAGGACUAUGCCGUGUUCAGUGGGAUCGACUGCGACAUAUCGGAAGACAUCCAGAUUCAUGUGUGUUACUACCUCGGAGACACCGAGAGAAGCGUGGUUCUUCUGAGAAUCAACUCUCUGUUUUAUCGGCAAGGCCUGUACAGAUUUGCUCUUGAUGACAUGGAGUGUUUCUUGCCCAGGAAGAUGUUUGACGAGGAGUUUACCAUUGAUCUUGUGAUGGUUGAGUCUGGAAAGGCGGUGGAAAAGCCCUCGUGCACCUAUAAGGUCGACCUUCUCCAAGGACUCAGACUGCUGAAUGAGAACUUCUUGGGUGUGCCUGACCGGGAAAUCUACGAGAGGCUUGUUUCUGAGGGCCGGAGCGAGAUAGUUGCGAAAUUCUGCGCGUUUAUGAGAUACUGUGGCGAGAAGACGCGUGAGUUUGUUGGUAAUCUAGAGGCGAAAGGUCUCAAGACCUGCAGCUUUGAAGUCAAGGCCUCCAAGCAUAUGGACACGGUGUUUGAAAGCAAGAAGAGGGAAUGCAGUGGGAGCAGAAAGAUCGAUCCCGAGACAAAUGGGGACUUGGGUGUGUCUGUUUCCAACUGCGCAUUAGCCGACAGGAAAGCAUUGUACUCCAUAGAGAGCGGGGAGCCGAGGCCUCUUGAGUUGAUAAGACUGAGUGCUAAGAUAGAAAGAAAUGAAAGGACACGGCCAAAGAAGAUUGUUCUGAAGAAGAGACAGGCGGAGAAGUGCGACGUGGUGCCGGCUGUUGUCAUUAAAAAGCCUCUCCACUGGAUUCCGUUAGCAAGGACAGAGGAAACAAUAUUUGGCGAGAUUUCGGGGAUCAGGGCAGAAAUCGACUACGAGAGAUUUGAGGAGAUGUUUUGCGAGUCAUUUUCAGGAGAGAGAACUGUGAGCAAAGAGGUCCGAAGAAGCGUGAUAGAGGACGGCAGGCUGUUUCUAGUGUCCCUUUCGCUGAAGCAUCUGGAGCUGAGGAACAUAACGCCUGAAAAUGUGUACUCGAUGCUCAAGUCUCCUGACAAUCCUCUUGGACUCCAGGAUCUACUGAACAUCGAGAAAAUGUAUCCUGACGACGAGGAGGUUAUGAGCCUGAUAUCUGCGUCUCCAGAGUCUCUCGGCAAUGUUGAAAAGGCCAUGCUGGCAUACUCACAGCUUCUGGACGUCCGCAAGAUCACAGAGAUACUGAUCUUUGAGAGAAAGUUUUUUGAUGAGGUAUUCCAGGUCGAAGGUGCCCUCUCGAGGCUGAUGGAUGUCUGUAGCCGCAUUCUGGACAGCCAGAGCCUCCGGAUGGUCCUUAGGAUGAUCCUUGAGAUUGGAAACACAAUGAACUUCCGGUACUCGGUGAACAAAAAGAAAGUGAGCGGGUUCAAGCUUUCGAGCCUGUAUGUGUUCAGUAACUACCGUGGAAAGAACAACACAUCUCUCUUCCCGUUUUUAUUCCAGAUGCUUGAGAGUACCGGUAUUAAGCCAGAGCACCUGCUUGAGGAGCUUUUUUCCAUUCACGACCUGAGGAACGAGGAGCUCCCUAAGAUCGGCGAGAAGAUCAACUACUUCAUAGAAAUGUACACAGAGAAGCUGGGGCUCUUAGAACUACUGGAGGAGGAUGUCAGGAGGGAGUAUGCAAGAUUCUUCAGAUUUGCAUGCAGUAAACUUGAGGAGAUGGGCAGCAGCUUCAAGAAGUGUCAUCUGUACUCCAGCAUGAUUAAACGCAAGUUUGGGGAGGACGAGGCCAAGACCCUGAAGGAGAUACUGGCCACGCUGUCGGACUUUCUACGCGGUAUGGAACAGCAGCUUGAGUUACACAGAAGAGCCUAG